GACCCCUAUUCAUGUUGCAGCUGCCAAUGGUCACACAGACUGCCUGCUCAUGAUGAUUGAGAAUGGGGAGGAUGGAGAUCUCACCAAUGUCACAGACACAUUUGGACAGCGGUGUUUGGCCGCACAGACUGUGUGUCUGUCCUGCUGGAGCACAAAGCUUCUGCACUGUGUCGGGACACCCAGGGUAGCACACCGCUCCAUUACGCUGCAUCCAGAGGUCAUGCUGAGAUACUAGCCAGUCUGGUCCAGGCCGCCAUGGCCAGUGACCCCUUAGAUAAACUGCUGGACAACAAACAAUACACCCCAUUACACUGGGCCGCUUACAAAGGGCAUGAAGACUGUUUGGAGGUUUUACUUGAACAUAAAACAUUUCCCCACGAAGAGGGAAACCCUUUCACCCCACUGCACUGUGCUCUGAUAAAUGGUCAUAGCGGUGCUGCAGAGAGGCUGCUGGAAUCGGCAGGGGUCCAUAUGAUUAACACCAGAGAUGCCAAAGGAAGGACCCCGCUUCAUGCUGCUGCAUUUGCCGAGGAUGUGGCUGGGCUUCAGCUGGUGCUUCGCCACGGAGCAGAGAUCAAUGCAGUGGACAAAACUGGAUGCUCUGCACUGAUGGUUGCUGCUGACAAGGGACAGAGCGGCACUGUGGCCAUACUUCUUCAUCGGGCCAAGGCUGACCUGACACUGCUGGAUGACAACAGGAACACUGCCCUGCACUUGGCCUGCAGCAAGGCCCAUGAGAUGUGUGCCCUGCUGAUCUUGGGGGAGAUCCAUAAUCCAACUCUCAUAAAUGCCACCAACAGUGCACUGCAAAUGCCCCUCCAUCUUGCAGCACGUAAUGGCUUGGCCACAGUGGUGCAGGCUCUGCUGAGUAGAGGAGCCACUGUGCUGGCUGUGGAUGAGGAAGGCCACACCCCAGCCCUGGCCUGCGCCCCCAACAAGGAUGUGGCUGACUGCCUGGCUCUGAUCCUGUCUACCAUGAAGCCUUUCCCCAUGGACCCUUCUUCCUGCUCCUGCUCCUCCCCUACUGUCUCCCCCUCCCCGGGUCUCAACCUGUUGAAGCACUGCGGCAUCACUGCUGCCUGCACCUCCCUUCCCAACGGCGGCCUCCACAAUGGCUACGUCAAAGACCGCCACGGCGCAGCUGUCGGCCUGGACAGCUGUCUGUCUGAGUGAGGCCUUCUGCCCCACUCAGUCAGCUGCUAUCAUCUUCAUCACCACCAGGGGCGACUCCCUUUAACAUGGCCCCAGAGGACCAGGAGAGCACCCACCCACAUGUCUGUUCUCCAUGUAUGUAUGUAUGUAUGUAUGUAUGUAUGUAUGUAUGUAUGUAUGUGUUUGCGUGUCAGUUUGUGUGUGUGUGUGUGUGCGUGCGUGAGUGUAUUUGGUCUUCUCUUGAGGUGCAGUCAAACCUAAUAUGCAAUUAGAUCCCAUCCCUCCAUCUCCUAGUAGUGUUCAGUACUAAUAGACUGAUUUGCUCUACAAGGUCACUUGAAUGAAGUAUGGCUUCCAAGAUGGAUGCUGGCAAUCUGGCCAUCCCUAACUCAUUGAACCCUUUAAAAUCAUGUUGACGUAACCAUAUAACUGACAGCUAAUAGCAUGGAGACCUCUGUAUCCUCGUCCAUCUUUCUGCCCAUAUCAUCCAGUAUUUAAAGUCAUAUCAUGUUUGAUCAGUUGUGGUGACCUUGUAGAGGAAUGCACAGCCUUCCCAAAAGAAUGAUCAAAGAAGUUUUUUUUUUUUUUUUAGUCCUUUUAGCCUAGAUUUUUAUGAAGGAACCAUACAAGGGAAAAAUCUAAAUUUUGCUUAAGAGUGCAAUGCUAAUGUACUACAGUACAAUCCUAAAUUUGGAAAAGGGUCACAAAGAUAUUAUUUCCGUAGUGUACUUUACCUGUACAGCUUAGAAUGGUUUUGGCAUUUUCACGAAAAAAAAAAAAAUUGGCAAUGCUGCUGAAUAUGUUUAAGCGCGUCUCCUUGCGAAGGAGGGCCACGUUUCCGUUGGCGUUUCAACAUCAAUUGUUCUCAAUGCCAACUUGAUGUUUUAAAGAUAAGUGUUUUGUUAAGCUAGAAUGUUUCUAAGGAUAUAAGUUUUGACCAAAGUUGAUCAACACUACUAUGGCUAUAAAUUAUUUAUUUGAGAUGAACUGUACUGUAUAGAGAAAGACAAUAGAUCUCGAUAUACCUCGUCGACUCGUUUAGCAGCUGCUUCAUCUUCACCCAGGGUCCGUAGGCCUAAUGUUCUCUCUCUCUCUCUCGGCAGAGCUAGAGAACCAUUGUAGGGUAGUGACUGACUGAGGCCUUGUUUAUUUCUAGAUGAAGGCUUUACUAGUAAUAUCUGCCAACAACACCUCA